AAUUUUUAGAAUUUUCUUUCUUCAAAAUUAACGCGCCCAAUCUUUUCGAAUACUCCGUAAAACAAUUCUUGAAUCUAUUUUUAAACAGAUUUUCCGACAAAAAUACGAUUCUCAAAAUAAAUUUUUUCGAAACACAUGCAACGAAGACGAAAAUCUUCAGUGAGAAAAUCAUUUAAAGAAACACACGGUCGCUUUUUUCUGCAUUUUUCACCCGGAAAAUCUGGAAAUUAUUGAAUCAAUUCGUCAAAAUGGAGUUCGCUAAUCAAAAAGGAUUUUUCAAAGAUCUCUACUUAAACAUACAGAACAGUAUCACGGACGCAGAAAAGUCCGAAUUUGGAAAAUUAGCCACCGACAGUACUCGUUUCGAGUUUAUUGCUAAUUUAGCGAGUGUCAAGAACAUGAAUCUUCAGUGUGAUGUGACGAAAAAGAAUUCCGCCGAGGCAUUGAAAUUGAAGCAACAGGGUAAUGUUGCAUUUCAAAACAAAAACUGGGUGGCUGCAUUGACUUUGUACAAUGUUUCACUGAUAAACACACCGGAAGAAAAUGGUGAAGAAAUGUCCAUUAUUUAUGCAAAUCGAUCUGCUGCACUGUACCACAUGGAAGAUUACGAUCGGGCAUUGCGCGAUAUAUCCUUAGCUAUGCCGAAUUAUCCUAAACAUUUGCGUUAUAAACUGUAUGAGCGUAAGGCAAGGUGCCAUUUAGCACAAAAGGAUUUCGAUGAUGCAAUGAAUGCAUUCAAAGCUACAGUAACCCACUUGGACAUUUCAAAUUUGUCGUUUGAAAAGCGUGGAAAACUAGAAAAAGAUUCUCAGAUCAUGAUCAAAAUGCUGCAGCAGCAGGAAGAUCAGAUUGCCAAGUUCAAACAGUUAAAGCUGAAGAACAAGAAGGCAGAUGUUUCGAAGUACGGUUUGAAUAGUUCGGUGACCUUUGAUUACAAUCCCAACGAGGGACGGUUCGCGAAAGCUAAGAAAGACAUAGCAAUUGGAGAUGAAAUUUUAGUGGAAAAUCCACAUUGUGCAAUGCUUUUGGAAAAGUUCAGCAAGACUCAUUGUCAACAUUGCUUCAAAAGAUCUGCUGCCCCUCUACCAUGUAAAGACUGCUGUAACGUCAUUUUCUGCUCAAUUGAGUGUCGUAACUUAGCAACUUCAACGUACCACAAAUUCGAGUGUGGAAUUUUGAAAUUAUUGUGGAAUUCGGGAUCUUCGAUCAAUUGCCACAUGGCCUUGCGAAUGAUGUCACAAAAAUCUCCGAACUAUUUUCAGGACAUCAAGGAACAGUUGACCAACGUCAAGUUUGAAGACACCAUAAGUCUACCAUACACUGACUAUCGGAAGGUUUUCAAUUUGGUCCGUCAUGAAACUAUGCGGUCUGAGGCGAAUUUUAUGCAGUACACAGUUAUGGCUUACUUUUUGACGUUGUGCCUGAAAAUCUCGUCUUUCUUCGAUGGUUUCGAAGCGGAGUUCAAUUUUAUUGGAGGAUUGGUGUUGAGAAAUCUACAAUUUUUGCAGUUUAACACUCAUGAAGUCUACGAACUAGUUGAAUCGGAAACCGAUAAAAAGUCGUCGAAGACAGUUUUCAUUGGUGGUGGCAUCUAUCCCACUUUAGCAUUGUUUAAUCAUUCAUGCAAUCCGGAUAUCGUGAGAUACUACAAUGGCUGUGCCGUUCAUGUUCAUUCGGUAUCGAACAUUAAAAGUGGUGGAACCAUAUCCGAAAAUUACGGGCCAAUUUACAGUCAACAUGCGAUUGAUGACCGAAAGGCUACUUUAAAGGAGCAGUACUGGUUCGAUUGUAAUUGCAAAGCUUGUGACGAAAAUUGGCCACUGUACGAGAACAUGAAAACGGACGAAAUUCGAUUCCGGUGUGACGGGGAUAGUGCAUCCUGCAACAACAUUAUCACAAUACCGAGCGAUUGCAAUGAAUUCAUGAUAAAGUGCAUUGAGUGUGGCCAAUUCACCAAUAUUUUGAAAGGCCUAAAGGCGAUUCAGGACACGGAUAUGUUGGACAAAACAGCGAAGCGACUGUACAGCGAAAAGGAUUACAGCGGAUCGUACAAAAAAUAUUUGCAAAUUUUGAAAUUGUUGGAUGAAGUUAUGGCACCGCCGUUUAGAGAUUACUGUAACUGCCAGCAAUCGUUGAAGGAGUGUUUGCUACAGAACGGUAAUAAGAUUACCAUGUAACUCUAUGUCACGAUGAUUUAUUACGCGAUUUUUUGUUGUUGUUGUUGCGUAUUGUACGGUUUCUCAGCCAAAUAAACUUUACA